AGAAGAGUGUCCUGUUUGUCUCGCUCUUUCCCAGCAUUGCGUGUUGAUUUAGCGUGGUGAGGAUGAGCAGCCCCUGUUUGUGUCGCACGGUGCCUGUGAGCCAGACCCGGCUGAGGGAGGUCAAACUCAGCUUGAAGACCAGCAGAGAGACCAUUGCGAUCCGCCCUACCCCUGUCGUCCGAGAGGUCAGCAGCCGGCAAUAUACCACGAUAAAAGAAGUCUCGACCCGGACCAAUGCACCAGGCAGUCGGAGCAGAAGCACCCCACCAGUUUACAGGGCCCAAAGCAGGAGAGGGGGCAAAACUAACAGUCCCCACAUUCGUGAACCUGAGCACCUGCCGGAGAGGAACGGAACUUUACUGGGCAUCACACCUAAAGUAGCGCCCAUGACUCUCACUUCAGUCUCCUCAACCUCAUCAUCCUCUUCCUCCUGCACCCCGAGGGGCCAUCGGCCCUCACCUCCACGAUCCUCACCAUCUUGCCCCCUGUCCCCAUCCCGGAGUAUGAGACGAGCACGCUGGCUGAGCUACAGUGCUUCCAACAUCUGCUUCAACAACUCCAUCCUGGAUGGGCGAUUCAAACAACUACAAGGUAGUGUCCUGCUAGAGUUUUUCCCUCCCAUCCUGGAGGAGGGGGCAGUCUUUCCCGGCAUACCCCACCACAGGGGACUUACAGGAAUAGGCAGAGAUCCAGAAUGGGAAGGACAUUAAGGUGGUAUGCUAGAUUGUUCUCUAUGGGGUGCUAUGGGAACUGGUUUGUCUUUUUAUGUGCAGUAUUUAUUAAUUUCAUUAUUUAUGCUGUAUAUACGCCCCAACUGCUCACUGUGUUACCUCUAAAUAUUGAAUGGCAACCUCAUAAAAAGGCCAUUCAGUGGAAAAAAAUUCUUCUUGUGCCCCACCACAUCUGUCUUUUUCUUGCUGAAGUACAAAUUGACUGGUACACUGGCGGAC